AUGCCCUACAACUGCUGCCCGCCCGCCCCGAGCUGCCGCACCAGCUGCGCCUCCCGGCCCUGCGUGCCCCCCAGCUGCCACGGCUGCACCCUGCCCGGGGCCUGCAACAUCCCCGCCAACGUGGGCAGCUGCAACUGGUUCUGCGAGGGCUCCUUCAACGGCAGCGAGAAGGAGACCAUGCAGUUCCUGAACGACCGGCUGGGCAGCUACCUGGAGAAGGUGCGGCAGCUGGAGCGGGAGAAUUGCGAGCUGGAGCGGCGCAUCCAGGAGCGCAGCCAGCAGCAGGAGCCCUCGCUGUGCCCCAGCUACCAGUCCUACUUCCGCACCAUCGAGGAGCUGCAGCAGAAGAUCCUGUGCAACAAGGCUGAGAACGCGCGGCUGGUGGUGGAGGUGGACAACGCCAAGCUGGCCACCGACGACUUCAGGACCAAGUGAGCGGGGCCUUGGGGCGCUGCUGUCCGCACUGACAACGCUGACGGAGCUGUCCCUGGACUGCCCCCUAAGCUCUGCAGAGUUCUUGCUUCACAAACCUCAGGAUCCCCUCAUAGUCCGUCCCUCUGUGAAGUGAUGUCCACCAGUCACGCCACGUGUCGGUGUGGACAGCUCAGGCCUCUGACGUCCUGCUGUGCCUAGACAGAAAUUGUGAGAACAGCAGAACUGUAUCCAUUCUGGAAACCUUUUAGCUCACGGACUUGCCUCUUCCUCAACCCACCAGUUCAGGAAGAAAAUAAUUACCAGAGCGUUUUACUCUAGGACAGACUGAAACAGACAAGAUUGCCAGAAAAAUUACCAACCCCAAUU